CAAUGAGCGGCGGCGGGAGGUGAAAUCCGGUUCUAACCGGUCCGGGGCUCCCAGCGCUAUAAAAACUUUAUAAACCCCCCGGAGCCCGAGCAGUGUGAAGAAGAAGAGGCGAGGACGACCCCCGGACCGACCAAAGCCCGCCCGCCGCUGCAUCCCCGUGUCCAGCGCCUACGUCCCGCCGCCGUCGCCACCAUGCCCAAGAGAAAGGCUGAAGGGGAUGCUAAAGGAGAUAAAGCCAAGGUGAAGGACGAGCCACAGAGAAGAUCUGCAAGGUUAUCUGCUAAACCUGCUCCUCCAAAGCCAGAGCCCAAGCCUAAAAAGGCUCCUGCAAAGAAGGGCGAGAAGGUACCCAAAGGAAAAAAGGGUAAAGCUGAUGCUGGCAAGGACGGGAAUAACCCUGCAGAAAAUGGAGAUGCCAAAACAGACCAGGCACAAAAAGCUGAAGGUGCUGGAGAUGCCAAGUGAAGUGUGUGCAUUUUUGAUAACUGUGUACUUCUGGUGACUGUACAGUUUGAAAUACUAUUUUUUAUCAAGUUUUAUAAAAAUGCAGAAUUUUUGUUUUACUUUUUUUUUUUUUUUAAAGCUAUGUUGUUAGCACACAGAACACUUCAUUGUUGUUUUUUGGGGAAGGGCAUAUGUCACUAAUAGAACGUCUCCAAAGCUGGAUUGAUGAGGGAGAGCAAACCUUUCCCUUCUAGUUUUGAGAGACUUCCUCUUGGUUCCCAGGAGGAGGGAUUCCUUGAUGUUGACACACAUUAGCCACCUUGGCACAGAUGCCAUAUAGGGAAAAACUCAGAUUCAUUUUUAUGUCCUCCCUCUCUGCCUUCAGCAUAGACUUGACUCCCUUUCGCCCUGAGACCUGACAACCGAAAAGUGGUUCUCAGUAUAUCAGGCAAUCCAGACUUCACCGUGUCUCCACUGAGACAGCACGGCAUCCUUUAAAAGAGCAGAGCGGUUCCUUUUUUUAGAUUGUGGACCUUCAGAUUGAUAAAUCUGCCAUUUUCAUUUCAUUACCUGAAAGUCAGGGUCGGCUUGUGAAAAGUUGUUAAACAACAUGCUAAAUGUGAAAUGUCAACCCUCACUCUAAACUUGCCCUGUUCAGAGCAUCAAAUGAAGACUUCAUUGGGUUUUAUAGUGGCUUUCUGAUUUUGGUAGUCCAUUGAAGAGGGGAGUUUGAAAGUUGUUGUAUACUGUUAAUGAUUGUCUGCCCAUAUCCUGCCUGAAAUACCAUGAUUGUUUAUGAAAAGUAUCUUUAAUAAAGCUGGAUACAGUUUGGCUUGGAA